AUGUUCUACACUGGAACUGCAAGUCCUCGCAUCCCUGCCCGCACAGCGCAUGCUCCCUACAUCCGCUCCAUCUAUACUGGGGGACUUGAAAGCUCCGAUAAAGAUGCUCAGCGUCUCGGGACGUUGGCACCUCGUCACCGGGUGAAGCUGAGUUAUCUGGACGAACACACACCGAGUCGAUUCAGCGGAGCCAAGUUUAAAGAUGAUAUAUGCCAGUUUCUCCUGCCCACACUGCUUUUAAAGUUUCCUGUUUCCCUCCUAUCUUUGCUUAAUUUCUCCAUAUUGAUCUUAUCUGUGCGUGUAUCCCUCUGCCUCUCAGGUCAUUCAGAUGUCUCCAUGGCAGAAAGCACCAUGUCUCCAGAGGAGAUCGAGGUGGAGAUGGCUCGUAUCCAGCGCCUGCGAGAGGUCCUGGUGCGCCGGGAGUCAGAGCUGCGAUUCAUGAUGGAUGACAUUCAGCUCUGCAAAGACAUCAUGAGCUUAAAGCAGGAGCUGAGACAGAUUGUCGCAGUACCAGAGAAGGAAAAAACUAAGAAGCACAAGCAGCAAGAGGAGGAACUGAUCCUGAAGAUCCAUAAACUGGUGCAGAAAAGAGAUUUCCUGGUCGACGACGCUGAGGUGGAGAGAUUAAGGGAGAAAGAGGAGGACAAGGAGAUGGCCGAGUUCCUCAGGCUGAAGCUGAUGCCUCUGGAGAAGAAGCUCAAAGUCACACAAAAUCCUCCAAAGCCUAAGAGACAAACCCUGGAGCCGCCUCCCAAUAAACCGUCCAUUACCAAGUCUGGGGUGGCCGUCAUUAAAGACUGCUGUGGAGCCACCCAGUGCGCCAUCAUGUGGGAGGUGCAGACUAACAACUAGGCUACAGAUUAAGUGACUUGUGAAGCAGCAUCUUUGACUCCAUGCUUUGGCUUGAACAGUAAUUCUCUGGACAUAAGAAUUGGCAGGUUUAAAACUCAUUCAAAUUAAGACAGACUUUGCUGACCAAACUAAUACACCACUGUAAACACCGCUACAAUGGUGGGUCAUGUUAAGCUGAACACCAAUUAGCAGCAAAAGGUCUGGCCAACAAUAUGUCUGGGUUUCAACGUAGCAUUGAGACAGUGAACAGCCAAAUCAUAUGUGCCCAAACUGCAGGUGCAUCAGUAUCAUCCAAACUAUACAAGUUAGUCUUGAUGUUUGUUUUUAUACACAAACUGCAAAUAGGAGCAGGGGUCACAAGGUCAAACCUUUAAAGAUAAAAUACGGUAAUAUGAGCAGACAGAACUAUAAGAUCGCCUUGUAGCACAACAUUGAAAAGUGUGUCCAUGCUUUUGCAUUGCACUCUAAAGAGGCUAAUGCUAACCUCAUAUGAGCCACUUUUCUGUCAGCAUUUCCAUUAGUAGCACCCACAUUAUUCCGAGUCAUCUGUGUAUAUGCAAACACUUAACUUCAUUCAAUAGGGUGAGUUUUAUUUUAAUUAAAUGGUUCACUUGCUUAUUACGCCAAGCCACCACAUUCCUGGCCAAACUAAUUUCAUCUCAGCCAUCAGCUGCUGGGAAAUAGACUGGUUGUAUGACACUGUUCAUAGUUAUUAUGGAUAUUGCUGGCAACUUGCAUCCUCUGAAUUUAGUCUUGCAUUUUUAUGAUAAACACCAGGAAAUAAAUGCAAUUCUUGUAAAUGCCUACAAUAGAUGGUGUGUGUUCGAGUGUAUUUAGGACAUUAGUGAUGCACGUCAAAGUGUAGCUCUUUGUCACUCUCCGUUCCUUCUGAUAACUUAAGAGUCCUGUAGUUGUGGUAAAUUCAUGAAGGCCCUAAUAUUGAAUAUUGAACAAAUAUGCAGAAAAUAAGCUGAAACUACUUGUACAUAUAUGUUUAAAUAAAGAGCAUCUUU